CCUAACUUAAGUAACAGAGUCCACUCUAAGUCUCUACCUACCACAAAUGUGCAAGCGAAGCAUCCAUGAUUGAUCAGCCAUACCAUGCCUCUGUCCACUAAAAUUUCGUCACUGCGACAACAACAAUGGUUGUUAAGUGUUGUGCUUGUGCUACCACUACUAUUUCUCGUCACUGUCACUGCCACUGCUUGCAAUUACUAUACCUCACUCUUCAGCUUCGGAGAUUCCCUCACUGAUACGGGCAACUUGUAUUUCAUUUCCUCACCGCAGAGCCCCAAUUGUUUGGUCUCUCCCUACGGGCUAACCCAUUUUCACCACCCCAAUGGACGAUGCUCCGAUGGACGCCUUAUUCUCGAUUUCAUUGCUGAGUAUCUGGGGCUUCCCUACGUGGAACCCUAUCUGGGUUUCAAGCAUGGGGCGGUGAAACGCCGGAAUAUUGAGCAGGGAGUGAAUUUUGCGGUCGCCGGAGCCACCGCGUUGGACCGCCGCUUCUUUGAAGAGAAGGGGUUCGCUGUUGGUGCCACUGCUAACUUUUCCCUGAGGGUUCAGUUGAAUUGGUUCAAGGAGUUGCUGCCUUCUCUCUGCAAUGCGUCUUCAAGUGAAGGCUGCAAAAAAAUUAUUGGCAGCUCCUUAUUUGUUAUGGGAGAGAUUGGAGGCAAUGAUUAUGGCUAUCCCUUGUCAGAAACAACCAAAUUUGCAGAUCUUUUGACUUACAUACCCCAAGUAAUAUCUGUAAUCAUUUCAGCGAUCAGGGAGUUGAUUGAUUUAGGGGCUGUAACGAUUAUGGCUCCUGGAAGUUUGCCACUUGGAUGCAAUCCAGCCUAUUUAACAAGGUUUGCAACUAUAGAUGAAGAGGAGUAUGACCAAGCUGGAUGUUUGAAAUGGUUGAACAUGUUUUAUGAAAACCACAAUGAGCUGCUUCAAAUUGAACUAAAUAGGCUCCGAGUGCUAUAUCCUCUUACCAACAUCAUUUAUGCAGAUUACUUCAACGCUGCAAUGCAGUUUUACAAUUCUCCACAACAAUUUGGGUUUGGUGGAAAUGCUCUGAAAGUUUGUUGUGGAGGUGGAGGUCCUUACAAUUUCAAUGAUACGGCCAAGUGUGGAGACGCAGGGGUGAUUGCUUGUGAUGAUCCUUCGCAAUAUGUUAGCUGGGAUGGUUAUCAUUUAUCCGAGGCUGCAUAUAGAUGGAUCACCCAAGGUUUAUUAAAUGGACCAUACACCAUUCCUGAAUUUAAUGUCUCGUGUUUCACAGGUGAAACCAUUGCAUAUUUUAAUAACUACGCAAUGAAAUAAAAGUCAGUGUAUAAUUAAUUGUGGACCACUUAAUCCAAUAGGAUGUGAUAGCAUCCAAAGGGGUUUGUGAGGUUGUACCUUUUACUAUAGAACCCUCCACUCACAAUCUUAACUAUGCUCUCUAAAUUUGCACCACACCAAUACGCAGUCUCGACACCUUUCAAAUUCA